CAUUUUUACCCCCGAUGUAGCCUAUAAUAACACCCAUUUUUGUUAGCUUUUUCUAUCAGCUUUACUCGGAUAUUAAUCGCCUUUUUUCCUGCCCAAUUUUCCGCUCCUACAUGCCGCUUCCCCCGCUCUCUUUACUGCAUUUUCAAUGUAUUUUGUGCCCCUUGUUUCCUCCAGUAACGUUAACCCAUGUCUGUGUGCAUCCCGCCUCCCUGCGCUCUCAAUAGAUGGUGCAAGUCAAAAUGUCCAAAUCGCCCGUAGACCCUCUGUCUGCUGUGGAAACAGGCUCUCAAUCGCACUAUUUUCAGCUGCCCAGGAAGUUGCCUAAACGCAAGAGCCGCUUCAAACGCUCAGAUGGCAGCACGUCUUCUGACACAACAUCCAGCUUCAUCAAACGACAGGGGUCGGCUGAUUCGUACAACAGUAGACCGUCGGAUUCAGACCUGUCAGCAGAGGAGGACCGCGAGGCGUAUCGGCGUGAAGCCGAGCGCCAGGCACAGCUGCAGCUCGACAGAGCCAAGUCCAAACCUGUAGCGUUUGCAGUAAAGACGAAUGUGAGUUACUGCGGGGCUCUGGACGAGGACUGUCCUGUCCAAGGAGCUGCAGUCAACUUCGAUGCCAAAGACUUCCUGCACAUCAAAGAAAAGUAUAACAAUGACUGGUGGAUCGGCCGGCUGGUGAAGGAGGGAGCAGACAUCACCUUCAUCCCCAGCCCUCUACGACUGGAGGCCAUGAGACUCAAGCAGGAGCAGAAACAAAGGAAAACAGGGGGUAACUCCUCUAGCUUGGUGACAGGGAACUGGAGGACAACACCGCCAUCUGCAGGUGAAUCCAAACAGAAGCAAAAACAGGAACACGUCCCUCCCUACGAUGUGGUGCCCUCUAUGAGGCCGGUGGUCCUCGUGGGACCCUCGCUGAAGGGCUAUGAGGUAACAGAUAUGAUGCAGAAAGCUCUCUUUGACUUCCUGAAACACAGAUUUGAUGGAAGAAUCUCAAUCACACGUGUAACUGCCGACCUGUCUUUAGCCAAGAGAUCUGUCCUCAACAAAAGACCCAUCAUGGAGAGAUCCAACACUCGCUCCAGCCUAGCCGAGGUUCAGAGUGAGAUCGAGAGGAUAUUUGAACUCGCCAAAACCCUGCAGCUGGUGAUUCUGGACGCUGACACCAUCAACCAUCCCGCACAGCUCGCCAAAACCUCCCUCGCUCCCAUCAUUGUCUACGUCAAAGUUUCCUCACCAAAGGUGCUCCAGAGGCUAGUCAAAUCCAGAGGGAAGUCUCAGAGCAAACACCUGAAUGUGCAGAUGAUGGCUGCCGACAAACUCUCUCAGUGCCCUCCUGAUAUGUUUGAUGUCAUUUUGGAUGAGAACCAGCUGGAGGACGCAUGUGAGCACUUGGCUGAGUACCUGGAGAUUUACUGGCGUGCGACUCACCUCCCGGGCAACACGCCUCUCAACCCGCUGCUGGAGCAAACUCUGAUGACCCCGCCUUCUGCCAUCUCCAGCCUCCAGAACAAGAACCAGCCGCAGCCUCGUGAGGCAGGGGGAUUGGAGGGUGAGGAGGAGGCGGGUGAGGAGGCCCCCUCCCCCCUGGAGCAGGACAGUCUCAUGCCGUCUGACGAGGCCAGCGACUCCCUGUCCCGCGGCCGGAGGGGGAGCCCGGGCCAAAGGGUGGCUGUGGAGGACGAAGAGGAGGAAGAAGAAGAGGAGGAGGAGGAGGAGGAGGAGGAUGAGUUUGCCUCCCCCUGCCAUGCUCGCACUUACAGGGACGUGUACCCCCCCCAACGCGGGCACAGCAGCAGCAGCGCCCACAGUGCCAACGGGCACGAGUCAGAGGACCGGCUGCUGCAGCGCGAGGCCCAGCAGGGCCACAACCAGAGGAACAACCGCCAGCGCAGCCGCCCCUGGCCCCGAGACACCUACUGAGGAACCCCCCCCCCGGCCUCCAGAUCAGCCCUCCAACUGUCCCAAACACACAACUUAGAGAUGAAAAAACCUGCCCCAAAAUCGUCUCCAAAUCAGAAACAGAUGCCCCGUUUAUAAAGUACACAACUUUAGGUUGAUUUUUUAAGAAUUGACAGUCACUCUCUUCCAGAUUCCCAGAUUUAAUUAUUUUUAGGGGUCGCACUGACCUCUUCAGGGUCAAGUCUUUCAGAUUAAAGGGACAAUUCCCCACCUUUUAAGUGGAUGUCCAAUCAGUUUUUAUGGUUAAUUUAAUCAAUUGAAAAAAGUAAUCCCUCUGUGCAUGCUUUAUUGAUCGAGGAAGCUGGUUCCUCCUGCCUACAUUUACCAGGAGGCAUUGUGUCUGCAGACGCAGGGUUUCCUCCAGCUCCUCCUAGGAGUGAGAUGAAACUCUGUCAAAUGUAUCUUUGCCCUUGCCAUCCUCUGGUUGUAUAGACUGGUUAAAUAUUUUUUAGAGCAGCUUUAGAGCAUGCAAGCCCCCCUGGCCACCAGGGGGGGAUACUACUAAUCUAAGAUAAGGUUGCCUGUAGUUCUUCCUUGCAUCAAAAUACAUCAGUCACCUUAAAAUGACUGCUUGAUGCAGGAAGAACAGAUUUGUUCGCAGGAGAACUCAGUUUUCUAUCAAUAUAGCAUGCACUGAGGAAUAUAUCGCUUCAAUCGACUACAUUUACCAUCAAAACUGGUUGGAUGUCCACAAAAGGUGGUCGGUUUCCCCUUAAAGUCAACAGGGCUACUCCCUCUGCAAUGGAAAGGUUUCAGGCUACCAGCUGUACGCUAACUCAAACUUUAGCUGCUCCGCCUAAAGUUUCUCUAUUGUAGGAUGUCUCAUAUACUGGCCUUAAAAUUCCUAAGACUUUUAACUAUCUUUACUAUUGCAUGUUUUGAGUAUAAUUAUUUUAAGACUAUUUGCACAUUGACGUCAGAACAGGAACUGAAUGAUCUUUACGGAUAAACUAAUGUAGGAAUGUCUUCUUAUGGGAAAUAGUAAUGCAUUUGAUUACAAUGUAUAUACUGUAUGGGCACCUGGUUUUGUUUCAUUGCUACUAUAUUUGUUGGAUUUUGUUUAUAUGGACUUGUUUGUUGUUUUUGGAGAAAUGUUGCCACCCAUGUGUUUUUACUCUGAAGAUGGUGAUGGAGACACACACACACGGUAUGAAGCUGCAGUACAUUACAGUGCUUCUUUCUGGGCAUCACUCGUCUUUUGCUGUUGCACAAUCACUCUUUACACCUCUUAAGGAAGACAAAAAAUAUAUAAAAACGAGCACAGAGAAUGUAAACACAACUAAGAAAAAGGGAAUGUUAUCUUUUUAAAGGGUGAAUUACCAAACUCGCUUGUUUACAUGGAAUCAUUCACAUAUUAUUAAGCACACGCUGCACACACGCUGCAGCUUCAGAUCUCCAGAGAAUGUAAGCUUGCAUGCCUUUUUUGCACCUCCAGCACCACCCGGUGUCUCCAAAACCCAACCGAUCGCCCUGUAAUUCGAUUGUAGCACGUUAUUGAUUGUAGCAUCCACAGUUUCUACACUUAAUCUCACCCCCCCCCCGUGUGUCUUUGCCACUCAUUGCGUUACGUACUGCAGUUUUAUUCGGGUUUUUAUCAAAGCAGAUCCUCAGGUGUAAGUCCUACACACUCAUCGCGCUCAAAUCCACGAAUGUGUCGUGCUCGUGAAGGACUCGUAGCACACGUGACACGAUGUCAUUCCGUUCCUGCAUUAUUAAUAUUAUUAUUGAGUCCACCAGCCGAUGAAGUGUUAACAGCCGGCUUUAAGAGUUACUGGUUUACUGCUUCCAUGUCUCACAGGUAUCUCUAUCUAGUGUUCUGUAUAUUUUGAAGACAAAAAAAAUCAGCAUGAUUGAAAAAAAAAAAAAAAUCUAUGCAAGUGUUGCAUGAAAUCUGAUUGUUUCUUUUUACAGUUAAGUAUUUCAGUAAUGCAUUGAUUCUGAUUCUCCUCGUUGUCUUGUAGUGAUAGUCUUGUAUUUGGGGCUACUCACUCCUCACACCACUAACAACACUAUGACUAAAAAAUAAUAAUCAGAACGCAUCACUUUAUUUAUCCACAGACAUUAUUUGGGUGGACACUGGUUGACGCACUUUUAAAAGUCACUCACUUAAAAAAUUGUCCCAGAUCAGGCCCAGGAUUUAUUUUUGAUGAUUAAAAAUGAAUGAGUGAAUUAUUAUUAAAGCCCUGCAUGCUUUAGUUCACCAAUUAGCUAUUUUCAUUAUAUUUUGGCAGAGUAUGUUUUUCAAAGCGGACCAAUUUAGCGACUGAUAAAAGCAGUUGAAGUUUUUCAAUUUAUGAAGCACAAUUUUUACAAGGGUUAUCAUUUAGUUUCCUCUGUCUUAUUCUGUAUGCAAUACUAAGCUAACAUUGAACAACUUUAAACGCCUUAGACCAUCUGGACUUCCUCUUUCUGUGUGAGUAGAUUUAAAGAAAAAAAUUGCACUACUUUUUUUUGGGAUGGUUGCUUUGUGAUGCAAUAACUGCACUAAAUAUAACCGUGUAUCCACCAGACUACCACAGCGUGCUAGCGUGACCCAACACGCCUCUUCCCUCUAUUUAUCAAAAGAGACAGCAAAUGUGUAAAAAGUGAGACAUUUCCUGCCUGAUGCUGUAUAGAAUGCUUUCUAUUUGAAAAUAGAUUUACAAUGCUAAGUAAAAAUAUGACUAAAAAGAAAAUAAAAACAUGACAUUUUAUGUA